GAAGAAAGUUGUUGACAUGAAUACAUUUAUUUUUUUAUUUUUACUCAUUUCCAAAUGAAUAAUCACGUUUAGCCACGUUAGUGAUUCGACAUUGAUAACUGUGACGCACUGUAGUUCACCCUUUACUGUAAAGUAAAUUUCGGAUCAUAGUCAUACUGCUAUUUUUGCUGUUGACAUUUAAUUCGUCAUCAUCAAUUCAUCAAUCUAAAUUCUGAGUCACGUAAGAAAUGGCGAGCAACGUGAGUGGAAAUGACAGCGGGAAUUUACUUGAGCGAAAUGGCAAUCAAGAAAGGAUAUUACUUGAACCGUUUCAUUACCUUCGUCAAGUUCCUGGAAAAGAAAUUCGCAUGAAGUUAACACAAGGUUUUAAUCACUGGUUGAAUAUACCUGAAGAGAAGUUACAUGUGAUUGGUGAAGUUGUACAGAUGCUUCACAAUGCUAGUUUACUAAUUGAUGACAUUGAAGACAACUCAAAAUUGCGACGUGGAAUUCCAGUUGCUCACAACAUAUAUGGCAUUCCACAUACAAUUAACUGUGCCAACUAUGUUUUCUUUCUUGCAUUACAAAAACUACUUAAUUUGAAUAAUGCUCAAGUUACACAAGUUUAUACAGAACAAUUAUUGUCAUUACAUGAAGGUCAAGGUAUGGAUAUAUGGUGGAGGGAUGCAUAUGUAUGUCCUACUGAAGAAGAAUACAAAGAUAUGGUGAUUAAAAAAACUGGUGGGUUAUUUGGACUAGGAAUUAGGUUAAUGCAGAUAUUCAGUGAGAAUAAAUGUGAUUUCAAGCCAUUAUGGGAAAAUCUUGGUCUAUAUUUCCAAAUCCGAGAUGAUUAUGCAAAUUUGAAAUCCCCAGAGUACAAAGAGAAUAAAAGUUAUGCUGAAGAUUUAACAGAAGGCAAAUUCUCAUUCCCUCUUAUCCAUGCAAUCAAAACACAGCCAGAAAAUACACAAGUCAUGAGUAUAUUGAAACAACGCACAACAGAUAACGACAUAAAGAAGUACUGUAUAGAGUUCUUAGAUAAGGUUGGCUCGUUUGAUUAUACUAAGUCUGUACUUUUGGAUCUGGAAGAGAAGUUGCGAGUUCAAAUUGCUGAGUUGGGAGGAAACCCAUACUUAUUAGCAUUCAUUGAUGAAAUGCAUACUGUCUAUUUGGUUCACUGAAUGCGAGUGGGGAUAGAAAAACCAAACAGCUGAUCCCCAUUCCGUUUUCUCAUCAAUAAGAUUAAAGCUGAAACAAGUUACUAUUGUAUUAUCUGAAUGUUUCCAUUUUAUGUCAGACUGUGAUAUUCUUGUCAUAAAACAUAUUGCCACAAAGUCAGUAUGUACUUGAAUUGUAUUAAUUUCUGUGUCUAGUAAACAAAAGUGAGAUACUGUUUGUAUAUUAGGUAACAGACAGGUGCAAUGAUGGGUGACCAGUUGUUGAGUCUAAAACGAAUAAAAAUUAUUGAUUGUUAUCAAGCAAUGUUCAUCACUGCAUAAGAGAUUAAGAUUAAACAUACCGGGUAGCAA